UUUAAAUCGAUCUCUUUUUGGAGCUUAAACCCGAAUUCUUACUCAGAAACAUGUAAGAAGUGUUAUAACACGUACGAAGCGUUUUGCAGUGUUGGGGGAAAAAGUAUUUUUUUAAGGAUCAAGAGCUCUAAUGUGCAAAGUUUUGGUCUGUCACCAGAGUUUCAGGAGGACACGCAUUCAAAAUGCCACAGCAGAAGGACAUCGUGAAGAUCGCUAUUCAGAUGCCAGGGGCGUAUCCUCAGCUCAUUCAGCUGGAUCAGAAAAAGCCUCUUACCUCAGUGAUAAAGGAAGUGUGUGACAAAUGGAAUCUACCUGGACCAGAGAACUACGCUCUUCAGUAUGCAGACGGCGCUCAUACCUACAUCACAGAGUCGAAUCGCUUGGACAUUAAGAACGGCAGCAUUCUUCGUCUGACCAAGGCUCCGAGCCGUUGUGCAGACGACCUGUUUAAGGGUGUUCAGAGUUCAGACCCGGAUGUACGCUGCGACUCCCUGAAGCAGCUGGCCAUCAUCUCCACAGACGUCACCUUCGCUCAGGAGUUCAUCAGCCGAGACGGACACUCGCUCCUCGUCCAUAUAGUGGAGGACGCCAACGAGGCUCCUCUGAUUCUGACACACACACUCACAGCCUUCAUGGAGCUGAUGGACCAUGGGAUUGUCUCCUGGGAGAACCUCUCCAGUUUCUUCAUCAAAAAGAUUGCAGGUUUUGUGAACGCCAAGGUGAUGGACACCUCCAUCCAGCAGGUGUCCCUGGACAUUCUGGAGAGCAUGGUUCUGAGCAGCAGCAGCCUGUUCCACAAGAUCAGAGAGGAGAUCACUCUAGAGAGACUGAUCUCUCAUCUGCAGGUGUCCAACCAGCAGCUCCAGACAAAAGCUAUGGCUCUCCUGAUGGCUCUGCUGCUAACAGCUGGAGAUGCAGAUCGACAGGACCUGUUUGCUUUCCUUGAAAAGAAGAAUCUUCGCCAGUAUAUUCACAAGAACAUAAUCCACAGCUCUGGUCCUAUCGGAGAUGAAAUGGCUCACUACCUGUAUGUGCUGCAGGCGGUGUGUCUGAAUCACCUGGACACUCGAAUGAGAACUCCUCUGGACUCCUUUAAUCAGGAACAGAGAGAGGCUCUGCACAGUCUGCGGCAGGCCAUGUUCGAGACGGAAAGCGACGGCAGCCUAAGUAACGAGCGUCGUCGUUCUCUGUGUGCUAAAGAGUUCAAGAAGCUGGGAUUCUCAAACAACAGUAACCCAGGUCAGGACCUGAGCCGGACUCCUCCUGGGCUUCUUGCUCUGGACACAAUGACCUACUUCGCCUCACGUUAUCCAGACGCUUACAGCAGGUUUGUGUUGGAGAACAGCAGCCGUGAGGAUAAACACGAGUGUCCGUUUGCCCGCAGCAGCAUCCAGCUCACACUCCUGCUGUGUGAGAUCCUGCGGAUCGGAGAACCACCAUCUGAAACAGGCUCCAACUACCACCCGAUCUUUUUCGCCCAGGACCGACUGCUGGAAGAACUUUUCUGCAUCUGCAUUCAGCUCCUGAACAAAACCUGGAAGGAGAUGCGAGCCACGCAGGAGGACUUCGAUAAGGUCAUGCAGGUGGUACGAGAGCAGAUCACGAGGACUCUGUCCAGUAAACCCACCUCACUAGAGCUCUUCAAGAACAAAGUGAAUGCACUUAACUACAGCGAGAUACUAAAACUGCGCCAGACGGAGAGGCUACAUCAGGAGGAGACGCUCGCACCACCUGUGCUUGAGCUAAAAGAGCGUCUGAAACCAGAGUUAUUGGAGCUGAUCAGGCAGCAGAGACUCAACCGUCUUUGUCACGGAACUCUGUUUCGCAAAAUCAGCAGCCGCCGGAGACAAGAUAAACUGUGGUACUGUCGUCUGUCCCCCAACCACAAAGUCCUGCACUACGGAGACGUCGAGGACGAGACGGAGACGCCGUCCGUCGAGAGUCUGCAGGACAAGAUUCCUGUGGCCGACAUUAAAGCUCUUCUGACCGGUAAAGACUGUCCUCACAUGAAAGAUAACAAGGGAAAACAAACCAAGGAGCUGUUAGAUCUGGCCUUCAGCAUUACGUAUGAUGUUGAGGAGUACAGCUUGAAUUUCGUCGCCUCCUCCAGAACAGAUUAUUGCUUGUGGACGGACGGGCUGAACGUUCUGCUGGGGAAGGAGAUGAGCAGCGAGUCCAUGCGCAGUGAGCUGGAGAUUCUCCUCUCCAUGGAGAUCAAGCUCCGCCUUCUCGACCUGGAGAACGUCCCCAUUCCCGACUCGGCCCCGCCCAUCCCCAAACCUCCCAGCAACUUCAACUUCUGCUACGACUUCAGCCAGGCGGAGCACUGAGGCUAGGCGACAGGGCGUGACGUCCUGCUCCUCCUGAACCACAACACCUCAGUGGGAGACGACGAGAUGGACCCGAGGGGCAGCGGGUGUGGAGACUGGGGUUUGUUAGGGCACUUUACCAAGCAGACAAACCCAUAGAGAGAGACGGUGACCACGGUCGGCUCGAGAGGUUCUAAAAGUGUUCUUUUAAGAGACAUGAUUUUUAGGUUCAACAAAUUUCAAGGGUGUAUUAUAUCAAAUCUAAAGUUUUUUUUACAUAUAUAUAUAUUUCCUAACGGUACUGCAUUCGUCUAAUUCACUCAUCUAAUCUCUUUAGAGUCUUUCACUCUGUCUUACUCCCUUAAACGCCUUAAACCGGACUGCAGGAAGCUACUCAAACACCGCACAUGUCGUCAUUCCCUCAAAUCAACACAAAUAAUCCAGAAUUUGAUCCAGACCCGGACUCUGAUCCGUCAUUCCGAUCCCGUCCGCUUCUACUGACAAAUCGAGUCGUUUCCGUAACUCGGUGCCUUGUCAGAUUGAAAGGAUUUGACAUCACACGACUUGUCGGUCAUCACUUAGAGCUGCAGUUUAUAAUAAUAUUCUUUCUUUAUACUUUUUAUUUUAGCAUUUCCGUAGCGGAUAUGGCUAGUUUUUUUUUCACGUUACCGUGCUGUUUAAAGAUUUCCGGCCCUGAAAUUAGCACAGCCUCCUGCCACAGCAAAGCUUAGAGUUCACUUAUUUAUGAUUUAUCGGAGCAGGGGUAUGAACAUGAUCAGGGGUCAGGGGUCAGUCUGGCCUUAAUGCUUACACUGCAGUUCACCUUUCACAUAACUUUACAAACUGCCAGCUUUAAUGUUUUAUGGAAAAUUUCUCUGGGGCUAAUAAAAGUGUGUCUUUUAAACACCCAGCGAUUUAUACAAUUUACAAAACCAAAAAAAAAAACAAAAAAAAAACGAUGGUAGUAAAUAUGCAAUAUUUUACACUGAUGAGGCACUGAAUUGUUUUUUAUAUUUUCUUAUCCUACAAAAUAUAACAAUAUCAUGUAAUUAUUGUGUGAGCAGCUCUUGUAUGAUAGCUGACACGAACAGCAAAUAGUGGGGGGUUUUUAUGUAAAUGGUACGUCAUGAGGUACUUGGCACCUAAUAAUAAUAAUAAUAAUAAUAAUAAUAAUAAUAAUAACAAUAAUAAAACGUGUAUUUUUCAAUAUGUGUGAAAAUGAUCUGCACAUUGAAUCAUAUAGUGAUCACGAUUCACACGCAAAGCAAUCUAAGCAAUAUUUUUUAUGAUGUCGCUAAUAAAGGCUCUAACAGCUUUAAUUAUGAAUAUGUUUUUAUACGUCGACUCGACAAAGAAAACUAAUAAUAUGCAGCAAAAUCAAAUCUUUACCUGUUCUGUAAAUACUUUAAUGUGAAGGCCUUAAAAGCUUCCUAAAGCAGUAAGAGGAAUUUUAUAUUUAUAUAUAUAUAUAUAUAUAUAUAUAUAUAUAUAUAUAUAUAUAUAUAUAUAUAUAUAUAUAUAAAAUUAUUAUUAUUUUUUUUUACAUAGUCACAUUAAUACACAAAACAAUCAUCUAAAAUUAAAUGCACAUCAUUAAAAAAAAAUCCUGUACAGAAAUAAAUCUUUACUGUAAUUAGGCUGCUUUCACACUUUGGGGUUUGUAUUUUUUAUUUUUUUUCUCCCAAACAUCAAGUGCAAGAAAAAAAAUGUAGGAGAAAAAAACGAUCUAUAAAGUAAAACAUUUAUGUAAGAUAGAUGAUUAAAUAAAUAAAUAAAUCUAUAAAAAGUGCUUUAAAAAGUUCACGGCCCAGAGAGUAACUAUGGGGGAAAAACGAACGUUAGACUCUUUAAUCAAUCAGAUAAUAAAAAUAAAAAGGAGAUUAUGAACAUGUUCGGCCAGUGACGCUUCAUUCGGCGCGUUAACGCUACGACGUAAAGCAGACGUCAACGUUCUGCUCGAUUUUUUUGUGUGUUUGGGUUUUUUUUUCCUUUCAGCCAGACAAAAACAACAGUCAGUGUGAAUCAGUUUUAGUUUGCUGUACGAGGCUUUAUUGUAAUCGUGAGGCGAAGCGAUAAUCAGGAACGGAGAAUUAUAUAAUAUAAUUAUUAAUAAUUAUAAUUAUUAUUUUUAUAAGGACAAACAGCUGGCGUAGGAAAUUCAGCACAGAUCAGUUUGUACAAGGAAAUAAAAUCCAAACGUAAUCUGUUGUAUUUUAUCAGACUCUGUGGUAUUAUGAUAUAUGUGGAAGGUUUACAGAUCUACUGACACUUUGAUGAACAUAAUUAAAUAUCCUGCUAAUCUAAUAAAUAAUCCCACGGUACAGAACGAUUCGUAUUUUUGAUUUUUAUUUUUUACCCUUAGUACCGGUGACGAUCUGAUUUCAGUCAUUUAACAAGAUGAUAAUAAAUCACUUGCGUUUGGUCGACUCACCUUACUGUAAAUAUCCGUUCACAAAAAGUCUUUUUUUUAAAAUACAUAUUAAAUACAUGUAAAAACUGAACACAAUGUUGUUGUUGUUUUUUUUUGUAUAAAAUUCUUAAUCAUUAAAAUAAUAAAGCAGCUUUAAUAUUC